CUAUCUUGUCUAUAGUGCGGGUUCUCAACAAAAAAAGCAAUGAACUAAAAUGAGAGAAAAAUGAAAUUUGCUUCAUAAUAAUGUUUCAUUUAAAUUGUGAGAGAGUAUAACAUUUUUGUUUGGUUUGUAGUAUUUCAGUAAACCCAAGAAAUACUGUUAGAUCCAAAAAGUAAUGGUUGUAUGCUGCCGCAUUAAUAUAGCACAAUGGCAAAAAGGAAGAAGGCAGCACCAAAAACCGCGGCAACGCGUCGUACGACCCGACGCGCCAAGCAGCAGGCUGAAGCUGCGUCGUCCGCCGACGGAGAAGCCUCUGCGUCUGUCGAGCUCGAGCCGACUGCUUCCGAUCCCGCUCAACUGGGCACGGAGACAGCUCCUACCGAUGCAACUCCUGCACCAGACCCACAAACGUCUGAGACAUCAGAUAAAUCUGAAAAUUCUUUAACUACACCUUGUCAAGUACCAAUCGUAGCUUUGCAUAAGAAAUUCGGUAAAUAUCGCUGUCUAUUUAAUAGUGAUGAGACAUUUACUAGAAAAUACGAUAUUGGUAGUGACAGUGAAACAAAUAGUAGUGUAGAAAUUAGGGUGGUUGAUCCUUGUGCCAGCUCCGAGUCAGAUUCUAAUGCUGCAAUAGAUACACAGUCUGAUACCAACAGCGGUGCAAACUUCAGCCCUGUGAAUAGUACAACAGUUACACAGAGCAAUUCUAGAGACAUAUCACCUGUACCUGCUCCGUGUGAACCAUCAUCUCAAUGUGAACCAACAUCUCAGUGUGAAAUGCCAUCAUCAAUCCCAAUAGAAAAGGAGGAAGAGACUGAGAAGCCUGAAGAAGUAAAUACUAUUGAUUUAACUGAAAGUGAUUCAAAGCUCAGUGCUAUUACUGAACAGGUUGUAGAAGAUAAGGAUGAUAGUCAAAUAAUUGAUGAUUCUUCCAUCCCUGAAGAGAAACCAGAAGAAAUACCAGCUGAAGACAUUCCAAUGGAGGGAGAGCAGAUAGAAUUCACUGGUGAUGAUGAUGAAGUCAUCACCAUUGUUCAGAUAGUGGAAGAUGAUCAUCCUGAGCUAUAUUACAACAUAAAAAUAGAUAGUCCAAGUGAACAUGUAUCUGAAACAGUAGAUAAUGAGGAGAUUAAGGUAAAUUGUGAUAACAAUGAGUUCCAGAUCAAUUUUGAAAAGUUGAACCUUGCAGUUGAGACUGAUCCUCCAAUGGAUUGCUCAGAAGCAGUUGAACUUAGAACCCCACCUUGUCUAACCCCAGAUAUACCAUUUAAAGAAAACCUGAAUGAAGGCCUAACUAGACCAGAUCCUAGUCUCACACCAAGUUCCACACUGUCAGAUGACAGCAACUCAUCUAGAGUUACUGAACAAAACCAAAACAACUCAAAUGAUUCAGCAGAGUCAUCACCAACUGGUGUUAGGAGAUCCAGUCGAAUUAAGACAAUUAGUAAUAUGAAACAGAAGACUAAGGGAUAUGGGCUGGUGAAAACACCUUUAAAGAAGGCUUUAAUUACUCAGGCAAAAAUGAAACUUGAGGAAAUUGGAUCUGAUAGUCAGGAGAAAACUAGUGAAUCACUACCAAAUACCCAACCUAAUUCUCCAUCAUUUCCUGUACCUUCUGAGAUGCCUGUGAAGGUGAAGUCUCGCUGGCGUAGGUCCAGUGAGCUGGAGAUGGGUGCUAGCUCACCUGCUAACUCACCAUUGGCCAGCCCGAGUUUGCCCCAGCAGCGUUUACCGCCUGUAGCCGAGAGCCCAAGCCUCCCUGAUGAGGAACCUAGUGCACCUCCCUUGAGCAAAGAGGAUUACGACAGGAUCAUUGAAGAGAGGAUGAACCAGUACCAACACUUGGACGAAAAUGAAUAUUUAUGUGAGAGAAUGAUUAGCAAGGAGACAAAGAAAAUGACUUGUGACUGUUUUAUGACCAAAGAAGAAUUGGAGCGUGGGGAGCUGGCUUGUGGAGAGGACUGUCUCAACAGGCUGCUUAUGAUUGAAUGUAAUUCUCGGUGUCCUGUUGGCGACCGCUGUACAAACAGAAGGUUCCAGUCUAAAGAGAAUGCCCCUCUUAAGGUUUUCUAUGCUGACAAGAAGGGCUGUGGCGUGGAGGCUAUUGUGGACAUACCAACGGGCGAGUUCCUACUAGAAUACGUGGGCGAAGUGCUGGACUAUGAGCAGUUCUACAAGCGAGCACAAGCAUACUCGGACGAGAACAAUCUUCACCACUACUUCAUGUCCCUCAAAGGGGACACAGUUAUUGACGCGACCUUGAAAGGGAACAUAUCCCGGUUCAUCAACCACUCCUGUGAUCCUAAUGCUGAAACUCAGAAGUGGACAGUCAAUGGGGAAUUGAGGAUAGGGUUCUUCAGCAAGAGGGAUAUUGUUGCUGGGGAAGAGUUGACUUUCGAUUAUCAGUUCCAGCGGUUUGGAAAGGUGGCGCAGCGUUGCUACUGCGGCGCCGACAACUGCCGCGGUUGGAUCGGAGGCGAGCCCGACUCUGAUGAUGAAGAUGACGAGGUACGAGAGAUAACGGAGGAAGAAGACGUAUCAACAUCGAAGUCAGGUACAACGGAGUCGUCAGAGGAGUCUCUGGCGACGCCGACGGAGCAGCCGCGGCCGCGCGUGCGCAGGCCUAAGAAGGACCGCACCUACAAGCCGAAGGCGCCUGACUUGGUGCAGGAUGCUGAUAUCGAGGAAGACCUAGAAGCGCUAGGCCGCACAGGAGUCAAGAAUCAAAGCCACACACUCCGCCUCUCCCGUACCGUCGUCCGCGCCAAGAGCCGCCGCGCUCAGACCGCGCUGCUACGUCUGCUGCGUGAUGCUGACCUGCCUUGCAGGAGGCUGUUCUUAGACUAUAGGGGGCUGAGGCUGUUAGCUCCGUGGUGUAGCGAUGCCCCGCUUGAUUUCAAGCUAGAAAUGCUCCAAACAGUAGACAGGCUACCCAUCCCCAACAAGACGAUGGUACAAGAGAGUCGGUUCUUCACGAUCGUGGAGCGGUGGCUGAGCGCGGCCGACGCGCCGCAGCCGACACAGGAGAACGUGUUCAUUGAUGAGGCUACUGGUUUGCCGAUAGAACUACCUAACAGAGGCAGCCAAGAAAACCUCUCAAGUCCAGAAAAAGCAAAAGACAACGCUGGUAUAUUAGAGAAAAUCAAGGACCUAUCCAAUCAACUGUUAGAACGAUGGUCUAGUCUAAAAGAAGUGUUCAAAAUACCGAAGAAAGAGCGAAUACAGCAGAUGAAAGAGCAUGAAAGACAAGCGAACGUUGAGAGACGAGCAGCCGACUCCAGCGGGUCACGCGACAGAGAACGCGACCGCAGAGAGGAACGAGAACGAGACAGGAGAGAAGAACGCGAGAGAGAACGGGAGAAGGAGAGGGAGAGAGAGAGGGAGCGCGACCGGGAUAGAGACAGAAGUGACCGGGAUAGAUCGGAUAGAGACCGCGGGGAGAGGGAUAGAGACAGGUAUAGGGAACGGGAUCGAGAUCGCGACAGGGAAAGAGAUAGAGAUGAUCGGGAUAGGAGGAAAAGAAGAAGCAGUCCAGAAGGCGGUAGGAGAAGUAUAAGGUUGAGCGAGCGAGUGCUGGCCGCAGUGCCGCCGAUGAGCAAGGAGGAGCGGCGCCGAGCCUUCGCCGAGGCCGCCGCCGCCGCCGACGAGUCGCGGCGCCAGCGCGAGCGGCUGCAGCACUGGCCGCACUACUGGCAGCAUGACGCCUAUCAGCAGCAAAUGUUCCCCGGCGGCAUGGUUCCCGGCGCCCCCAACAUGCUGGGCAACAUACCCAAUAUGGCAAACAUGCCCAACAUGGCGAACAUGGGCAACAUGGGCGGCAUGGUGUGUGGCGUGGGCGGCAUGGUGGGCGACAUGCCGCCCGAAUGGAUGCAGCACGACUUCUCGACUGCGCCGUUCUGUCCGCCAUUUUGCAUGCCGCAACCUAAUAUGAUGGGCAUGCCUGGUUUCCCAAUGGGCGGCUUCAUGUUCGGUCAGCAGGUGGGCCAGCCGGGACAGCAGCCCUUCCCGCAACUACAACAACCGAAUAACGACCAGCAACAACCACCACAAUCAGCGCCUACAGAAGAGCCCAAAGAGAUAGUGCUACCGUCUCUGUGGCGCAGCGCCGUGGACGGCCGCGGCCGCACCUACUACUACCACGUCAAGCUGCGACAGCCGCAGUGGCUGCCGCCGCCGCCGCCUGCUGAACAAGAAGAGAGUUCAUCAGAAGAAGAAGACGAGCCUCCAUCAUCAGGGCUGGACAGCCCGCUGGUGCGACGGCAGACGAAGGGCAAGGUUGUAGAGGGAGUCAACGGCAUUUACGAAGUGAUAAAAGAGGACGGUCACAAUGGUUUGAUACCUGAUCACGCGCUGGUCAGCAUAAAGCCGAGGAAACGAAGGCCGGGACUCGUCUCAGAGAGACCUAUUAGUCCGCGAACAGAGGAAGACAAGCUCGCGGGUAGACUAGAAGUGAAGAGGUACAAGCAGACCAAGGAGAAGCUCCGUCGGCGCCGCGAGAAGCUGCUGCAGAAGGUGCGACUGCUCGCCGCCAACAAGUCGCAGAGGAGGCUUAAGGGCAACAUGAUUGAUUUGAAGCAAAUGGUGGAACUAGUGGACUCAGAAACCGAUUCCGAAGACUCAUCUACGGAAGAAGUAGUACCCACUCCAACACCCGUCGAAAAACCAGUUGAAAAGCCUAUAGAGCUGGAAGCUUCCCCCUCCCCAGUCAUCAUACCCUCCCCUCCCCCUGUUGAAGUCAGCGUGGUGACUACUGAGGAAACGGCUAGGAAGAUUAAGGAGCAGUUCCGAUGCAGCAUGGCGAGGGUGAUGGUGCAGCAUCUCAACCCGUAUCGACAUCCUGAUGCGCCGGCUGCAAGGAUUACCUGUACAGCUGAUUUCAAACAUUUGGCUAGGAAGCUAACACACUUCGUAAUGCUGAAAGAAUUAAAACACUGUCGCUCUGUAGACGAGUUGAUAGUCACCGACUCAGUUCGAUCAAAAGCCAAGAUGUUCGUCAAGAAAUACAUGGCCAAGUUUGGACCCGUCUACAAGCGACCGCCCGAGGAGAUAGACUAGCGAACAAAGGCCGUACGUCGGCCUUAACAUGUACCUACGAAUUGACACUACGGGUGAGCAGUGCUAGUUAGUAAUAAAGUGACUGUCCCACCAUGAACUUGCUAAUUAAUUGAUCAAUGCAUUUCUAGGCAAAAGAAUUUGCACCAAUAUUGACGACAGUAAAUAUAUUUAAAUAGACUUUCUUCAAGGUAUUGGUGAUACAAUUGACAUUGAAAUCACAAUUUGAUUUAUAAAUUAUAAUUCACUCUCAAUCAUAGUUUAUUAAUUUUAAAUGACACGCAUACGAUUUCUAUUUUUUUAUGACGAUAAUACCAGUUGUAAAUUUAAAAUUUUGCAGGGCAAAGGAAUUAGGAUGUUAGAUAUAUUUGAUUAUCGAACUUUUUAGGUUCGGAAAUAUGUACUGCAUAGUAAAAACAACUGAAAUAAAAUGUAAAUAUAGUGUUGUAAGUCGAUAGCUCUAUGUCAUGGUUUAAGAAACUCCUCUUUAGCAUUAGACUGUAUUAUAAUGAGAUGAUUCUACGUUCUUAGACAUGAUUUUAAUAUAAUUGUUCACGGGGUAAAUGCAAGAGAAAGUAUUUAUAAUGUACUAUGAUCUCUGGUGGAGUUUUGCUGGAUACACGAUCGCGACUCGAAUAUGAACUGCAACGGUUUAAGUACACAGUAUUAUGAAUAGGUUUUAUUAAAUAUUUAGAACAGUUGUAUGCCAUUGCGUUUUGUCUGUUUGAUUGUUGCAUCAAUUUUCCUUAAAUGAGACUACUUUGACUGUUUUUGUCAGCUAUUGCAAAACUCGAACUCAAAUAAAUAUAGGUUAUAAAACAUAAAAUAAUUUGCGUUCAUUAGGUAAACACAAUAGGUCAACUUUUUCGAAUAUGUUGACAAAUUAUGAAAUAAUUGCUGUAUAUACUAUACCUAUGGAGGUAGCAGAUACUAUUUUUGUGGAACAUUUUUAACGAAAUGAUAAGAAUUUUUGGAAUUUACGAUGUUAUAUGUGUACUCAUGUUAGUAGAAAUAGAUUCAGACAGAUUUCUGUCUUCAAAUAAAGUAGAUGUUCCACACAGAAUUUGUGGUUCGAUUUUCAGCAAAUAACUUGACAUAUUUAUGAUUCAUCACUAUAUAAUAAUCGCUGUAUUACAUUCAAUAAGCUAAUUAAAAUUCUCUUAGAAAACAGAAAAUAUGAAGCUUGACCUGCUUUCGCUUGCUUGUAAGUGCUUUCGCAGUGCCGACAUAUAUUUUCAAGAAUACUGACUAUUAGAUAAAUAAGUUAGUAUUAGAUGCUCGCAGCCCCAGUUGCGGAACAAAACCAAACAUGAGUUUGUCGUCAAAUUAAACUAAGCCGAUAUGAAAUUAUGUUACAUUCAACUGUAUAAAUCUCCCAUUUUCGAGAUAGUUUUUAUGUGAUUCACUAUGUGUGUAAAUAGUUGUAAAUACGAGUGACAUAGAAUAUUGUCUGUUCGGGUUAUAGAGUGAGCGAUUUUAUUUUUAUGUGGUAGGAUGCUUGGUCGAAUCGUGGAUGAACUGUUUCAUACUUGGACGAUCAGAUCGAAGCCGUCGGAACAAAUAAAAUGUUAUUUCUUUUAAUA